UGAGAUGCCGAUGUCAUGGAUCAAAAAGUCUAGAUUAAUAGUUAUCUCUGAAUUUGCCAACAGUUGCACUUGGAGUGCGGAAGGUAGUUGAACGUUUUGCACAAUGAAGGCCUUUAUAUGGCUGAAUAUUUUGUUCCUAGUAAAUAUCCAUGGUGCAUUACCGAGAGUAGACCCAUUAGUGCUAAUCAAUCAGGGUCUAGUGAAAGGAAUUAAAGCUAGUGAUGGUGACUAUUCAAAAUUCUUAGGCAUUCCAUAUGCAAAAGUGGAUUUAGAUGAUCCGUUUGGGCCUGCUCAAGCAGCUCCAGAGUUUGAAGAAGAAAUAUUUCACGCCCAUGAUAAUUCAAGGAAAUGUCCUCAAACCGGUUUUGGCCCUGUGGAAUCCUCUGGAAAUUCAGAAGACGAAUCUCCUGACUGUCUCCAAUUAAAUAUAUAUUCACCAAGUAAAGCAAGCACUUUAAAUCCUAUGCCAGUUCUUGUUUGGAUUCACGGAGGCGGUUUCAGUGGAGGAAACGGUAACCAGUAUGAAACACCCAACUUGAUCGAACAGGGUAUCGUCGUUGUUACAGUGAAUUACCGUCUAGGACCUUAUGGCUUCAUGUGCCUUGAUGACCCCGCUGUACCAGGAAACCAGGGGCUUAAAGACCAAUACGCGGCUUUAAGAUGGGUCAGAGAUAAUAUAGCUGCGUUUGGUGGAAAUCCUUACAACGUCACUUUAGCUGGUCAAAGCGCUGGCUCAGGCUCAGUUCUGCUACAAUUAUAUUCUCAAAAAGAAAAGUUAUUCGAUAAAGUUAUAGCACAGAGCGGAACACCUCUUAGCCCGGAUAUGUUUGUUCCAGGGGAUCCGGAUUUAGCAAUACAACUGGCUAAUUAUUUGGGCCUGAACACGACGGAAAAUCAGAAAGCCUUGGAAUUCUUGGCAAAAACUCACCAUAGUUUGGUCACUGGUGCUGCCCGCAGUUUGAGCAUGGAAUUUAGACCGUGUAACGAAAAAUCAUUUAGUGGCGUGGAGAAUUUUAUCGACACUGAUGCUUACGCUCUCUCAAAUGAAAAGAAAAUAAAAAAUACUCCCAUUCUAAUCGGCAACACUGACAUGGAAAUGCAUGUCGAUGGCGAUGACUUUUUAGAAAAAGAUUUUUUCUACACUAGAUUAGAUGAAAAGUUCAGUCUUGAACCAGAUCAGUUGAAAGAGAUUGCAGAGAUAGUCAGGCAUUACUACAUCGGUGAUAGACCUAUUACAAAAGAUGUCGAAUCAGAAGCAGUAGCUUUCCAGUCUGAUUUUGCAUUCAACCACCCUAUUCAGGACACGAUAACGAACUUGCUUAAAGAUAAUGCCAACCCAGUUUAUGCGUAUGUGUUCACUUAUGUGGAAUCUGGGGAAGAGGGAGCUCCUCAUGGGGCUGAACUUGACUACUUGUUUAAUAUGAACCAACUGGAUGACAAAGUUCGAUCAGUGACUGAACACAUGAUGGUUGACCGUCUAACUACGUUGUGGGCAAACUUUAUUAAAUACGGAAAUCCAACUCCGGAGACUUCUGACUUGAUCCCCGUGAAAUGGUCACCGGUCACGGAGACCACCAGGCCGUACCUCAACAUUGUUGCUGAACUCCGUAUGGAGGAGAGGUUCCUGAAGGAGAGGAUGGCUUUUUGGGAACUGUUCCAAUCAGUCUACGGGAAAUACAGGAAAACUGUUCAUUAGUGUAAAGUGAAAUUCUAAUUAAAUUUCUUCGAACUAA